AUGGAGGAGGAAUCUGGUAUUUCAUGGGUACAAUUUGCCACCGUGCGGCAUCCCAUAAAAAGAUUUCUCAGCGGAUACGCGGACAAAUGCCUUCGACGUUCAACGACCGCGGAAAAAUUAGAGAGAUUUUGCUUGAAAUGUAAAGAUAUACAUUGUUUCGUCAAGGAGUUAUAUAACUUUUUGAACCUAUUCUACGCAAAAAACUUCGUGCAGCCUUUGCCUACCUUGUUCACCGAUUACGAUUACGUUGCUGUACACUUUGCGCCACAAAAUUGGUAUUGCAACUUUGACAAAUACAUUGAUGAUUACAAUAUACUUCGUCAAGGAGAAAAUCGUGAAGGAAUUAUGAAAUACGCGCAGGAGUUCAAAACAAUACUCACGAAAGCCAACGUUCCCGAUGAGUACGCAGAAGAGAUACACAGGCAAUUACUUAAAUUUGUAUUUUCGAGAAGUUUGGAGAAAUGUCUUAUGUUGGAACAUCUCCCCACACAACCAAAGGAUUCAAGGCAAGAUCACAUCUCGAACGGACGUUGUUAA